CUUGUAUCACCAACAAUAGGAGUUCUAAAAUCUUUCUGUAGUACCUUCAAAACUUUUCAAGAAUGCCUGUCUUGGAUUUGGUAAGGGAACACUAAAUGUAGUUUUGUUUUGCUAACUUGUUGCAAACGAUUAGUAGAAUAAAGGGCUUGAGCAGUUCGUGGAGUCCGUGGUUAGGGUUGUAGUUAAAAACACAUUAGAAAAAUCUGUCAACAAGGACAGUGAGUCCACUUACGAGAUGGACCAGUGAAGGGGCUAGAUGACUCUUUGUUAUGUCUCCCUGUGUUACAAUAACUUGAUGCAAUUGUGUAUGUACAUCAAAUGAAGUGCCAAAAAUCCAUUAUUGAUAACUGAAGUCGUCAAUUAUGUUAAGAUUUGAAUGGAGCUGUUGGUACUUUUCAAAAAUCAUGAUUUUAAUUUUUUUGUCAGGUCUUAAUUCAGCAAGAUAAAAUUUUGCAUUUUAAAAGCCAUUUUAUGUUGGUAAGGAAGCUGUAGUUGGCUGACUAUACCUAUACUGUUACAGCUAAGGAAAAAGUGACGUGUUGAGAAAUUUCAUUUAUAUCUUAAGCCUGAGUUACCAAAUUAUGUCAGUUUAUCAUGUUCUUAAAGGGUUCUGUAGUAAAAUUGGAAAAACAUUUUGGAUCAUCCCUUUGGGUAGAAACUGUUACUGUUUUUUACUGAAAGCAGUAUUUAAUACACUGGUUACAAUUUGUUGUGUAUCACACUAAGUUGUUACAAACCAUGCUACUAAUUUGUUGUUGGGGAGAAAAGGACCUUUAAGAAAUGCAUUAUUUCACUCUUCGCUCUCAUAUCUUAGGGUGGGUUUUUUCUUGGUUUGGUUUUGGUGGGUUUUUUUUUGGUUUUUUGUUUUUUUUUUUAAUAUGUUGGAGUUGAAAUGUAUCUUUUUGAAACUGUGACCAAAAGAAUCUUUUAUGGUAUUUUUUCUUUCGUCUUCUCCCUCUAUCCAGGCCCCAUCCAAUAUAAGAUUAGAGGAAGUCCAGUUGGUAAAGCAUAAUGAAAUAAAUGAACUAUUGUAUUUGUUGGCUUUCUAUGAAUAAGCUAGUAUUCAUUUAUUGCUGCGUUCUAAUAAUGGAAUUCAGGUAACGGAGGUUAAGUAAGCCCUGGAGUAUAAUUAGAAAACAAAUUUGUUGCUUGCAAACAGGGCACUGUGAAUUUGAUUCUUGGCCCUUUUUUGGGAAGGAGGUAUAAAUGUUAAUUUUACUGCCUUCUAGCUUAAAAUACAGUAAAGGUUAAAUAAAUAUGGAGCAAAAAACCACCCCAGUACUAUGACCUAUAAAGGUAUAAAUGGCCUAGUGUUCUUUGCUGUUUGCACUUCUUCAGCAGCACUAAGUAACUUCAUGUUAGUAUGGUAACGUUUAGUACUGCAUUAUACAUGGCUUCUGUAUUCAAAAUACAUUCAUAGGCAAAUGCUUUGUUUGUUUUUUUUUAAAUAAAACAAAACAACAAACCACAACAACAAAAAAAAGAACACUUAACAGUUAAGCAAGAUUCGAGAUUGUCUUUUUUCAAAAGUCCCACUAGGUGCCAGCAAAGGACCUUUUUCAGAGGAUAUGAGCCAGUGAAACCUUCUGUAGUAAUUCUCAAUCCCAUUACUCUUUUAAGAGUUAAUGGUAUAUUAACUUCUUGACAUGCUGAUAAUUUUAUUUAAAAAAUAGUCUUUAGCUGUGAAUGUAUGAGACAGUUUGUAUGUAAUUUUACAGCAUACUUCUGUCAUUGUGCUUGGUAAUCGUAUUUAACUCUGCAUGCUUAGCUUAGUGUUCUAAAGUUUGUGUAGCUGGUCAUAUAAUAUAUUUGCAUGCAGAAUUGAACUCUAAUGAAUGUCUGGUUAUUGCGGGCUUCCAGCAAAUAAGGUGAGAUAGUUCAGCUUGUAAGUAUAGUUUGCUUCUUUCUACCUUUAACAGAAGUAAUUUGGCAAUGUUAAAAUAUAAAAUAGAAGGUUAAUGUGGUAGGCUGAAAAUAAAUGCCAAAUUAUUAAUCAGAAUAACUUUUUUGUUCCAAUUCAGUUGCACCUUGCUGAAAAUUAUGACUCGGUGGGAGAGGUUUCUACUAUGUGCAAAUCUUUAAGAAAGUGUGAUGGCUUAACAGCAUGUUGAUUGCAAGAUAAUGGCAGAUUUCUUUCAAGUUUUAUUUAAAUAGUGCAGAAAGACUUCUUUUUUUUUUUUUUUUUUGAAGGGGAGGAGGCUUAUUUCACUCGUUUAUGCAUAAUUCAGACCUCAGCAGUUUGCUAGCAUGGUUACUAUUUGGAAAUUCAAUCCUAGGCUUGAUACUCAAUUAUAUGGGACUUCAUUCCUACCAACUUCCUGUAAUUCUAAACCUAUGGGUAAAAAUAUUAGUAGUCAUACGCUGCUGAGGAAAGUACGGACACAUUGACUCAGCUAGUGCAGCUGCAGCAGGAGUUGCUGUUUUAAACUUGGAAGUACUGGAAGUUUAUUAUUGUGUUCAUUUAUGCAAAUUACAGAAGGUGUGCUUGAAACAAGGUCAGUAGUGUUUGUCAGUGUGUUGCAGCUGAGGUCGUUGGAAUCUAAGUGCUUUGUAAAUGAAUGCUUUCUGACUGCAAGCAAUCAAAGACGUCCAGAAACUGCAGUUCAACGAAUGGCUGACUUAUUUCAAGAGGUACAGUUUGGUUUUAUUUAACACUAGUAUCUUGUAGAAAUUAGGACAAAGACUGCAACUUUUAUGGGCUUUUACUGUUGUGAUGUACUAGCUUUAGGUUCUGUGCAGCUGCCUGUAGCCUUUCUGCUGAAGGAUCUUUGUGGUUUUCGUUUGCUAACAUGCGUGGAAAUGAGAACAAAUGGCACGACGGUUAAGAUUGCAUUUUGCUACCCAAAGAAGCAACACAGAUCCAUUAUCCGAAGCCUCUGAAGAUGUUUUGGAGAGUAACAAUUGUAUGUACUUCAAAAAAUCGCAGAAUUCUCCACCUAAUGUUACACAAAUGAAGCUAACUCCUAGACAAGUUGCUUAUGCACCUGUAAUGCAGCAAGUAAUUAAUCAAGAAGAAAAUGCAGCUAUUUCUUCAUUUCAAAUAAAAAAGAGCACCUCACUGCACAUUUCCCUGCAGUCUAGAAAGCAUAGUGGAUGUUUUCAGUCUGGUGAUGCUGUAGCUGCUGGUGAAGACACUUCAUUCAUUGGUAUUGAUAACGAAGGAAACUGUGGUGCUAGAAUUGUGGUUGAUCAUCGAUCUAAUGAUAGCCUUCUGAGCAAUACUGCUUCGUGCAAUGGCAGUCUCGUCAGUAUUGCAGCCAGUGACAGUGGAUCGUUCAGCAGUGCUGGCAGUGACUAUGGAUCAUGUGCAAGUACCACAAGUGAUGGAGGUUCUUAUAGUAACAGUGUCAUCAGUGACAGUGGUAGUGGCACUCUUUCGACCAGUGAUGGUACUUUCUGUAAUAGUGUUGUGUAUGGCGAUUCUUUGUAUAGAAGCACUGCAGACAAAUGUAAUCCCUAUAGGAACAACUCAUCUCAGGAAGCUCUGUGUAGAAGUAAUACUACUUUUGACCAGGACGAUUUGUCGGUGAGGAAGAAAACAAAAAUUCCACUGCGACGUUGUUCAUCACUGGUUAUUUUCCCUAGGAGUCCUUCCAGUACUCCUCCAGCUUCUCCAGUAAGCUCAGGUCAGCUACCACAUAGAGGUGCCUACCAAACAUCCCAUAAACUAAUUAUUUCUCCUAGUGAGCUGGCACAAAAAGAAGAUCACACUAUUUCCAAGGGAUGCCUUUCAACAGCAGUCAAUGGACUUCGAUUAUCUAAAACAGUUUGCUCUUCUGGCGAAGUCAGAGACAUUCGACCGCUUCACUCGAAUACAUCGUUACAAGACAAAAGUCAAAUGUCAAAUAGUUCGGAGCAGGCAACCUGUGAAGAAGCAGCUGAUGGCUUCUCAUGUAUUUCAGUUCAUCUCACUCAAAAAGCAUUUGCAUCAAGCAGUGAAAUGGUUAAUGGCAGUUGCAGUCCGGAGUUAAAUCUGAACUCCAGUGCAAAAUACCCUUAUUUAAAACUGGCACGUAGCACAUCUGCGUGUUUACCCUCAAAAAUAGAUUCAGAAUAUCAGGUUAAUAUAAAUGAACUAGCAAGACCGAAUGCACAGCUGAGCAAAACCCACAAUGUUUUGCAAAGAAGCGUUUCGUUGGAAGGAUCACAUCAAAAAGUUUCUUGCUGUUUAUCCAGCCUUAAAUACAAGUGUCAUAGUGCAAGGACGUCUCAGUUGCACAUACAGUUCAAACCUGGGAAUGAAGGAAAAACAACUGGUGUUAAGAAAAGAUACGGAACCUCUAAGAGGGAAAUGUCUAGCACUUCUUUGUGGAGGCCCCAUAAGACUCGAGAUGAUUUUCUUGGGCAAGUGGAUAUUCCUCUUUAUCAGUUACCGACAGAAAAUCCAAGUAUGGAGAGACCGUAUACGUUUAAGGAUUUUGUUCUUCAUCCGAGAAGCCAUAAAUCAAGAGUUAAAGGCCACCUUAGAUUAAAAAUGACUUAUUUACCGAAAAGCAGUGGGUCUGAAGAAGAAACCACAGAACAGGCUGAAGAUUUAGAGCCUGGGUGGAUUAUAUUGGACCAACCAGAUGCUGCUAGCCAGCCACAACAGCAGCAGCAGGAACCUCCUCCGCUGCCUUCAGGCUGGGAAGAAAGGCAAGACAUCCUUGGCAGGACCUACUAUGUCAAUCAUGAAUUCAGAAGAACACAGUGGAAAAGACCAACUGCCCAGGACAGUGUAGCUGUUGCAGAUAUUGGUAGCGUGCAGUUGGAGGCCCAGCAUGUGUUCACUCACCGGCGACAGAUAUCGGAGGACACGGAAAAUCUAGACAACAGAGAUUCCCCCGAGAGCUGGGAAAUUAUAACUGAAGAUGAGGCAACAAUGUAUAGCAAUCAGAAUGUUCAAAUACCUCUCUCACAGAGUAAUUGUGAUAUACAGUCUCAUCUUGCAGAAGAAUUGAAUACCAGACUUACUACCUCUGGAAGUUCAGCUACUGGCCAGUCAGCAGCCUACACUAACCAUUCCAGCAGAAGAGGCAGUCUGCAAACAUACAGAGCUGAAGAGCAGCCUGCACAUCCAGUGUUACUACCUACUUCAUCCGGAUUACCCCCAGGCUGGGAAGAGCGACAAGAUGAAAAAGGGAGGUCUUACUAUAUAGAUCACAAUUCUAGAACCACUACCUGGAUUAAGCCAGUUGUACAGACUGCUGUGGAAACAGGUCAGUUGUCAGCUGUGCAAAGUAUUCCUGUAGGAAGACAACCACAAGCAACAUCAAGUGAUUCAUCACAACAGUCUUCUCAGCAGCAGCCUGAAACGGAGCAAGGAUUUCUCCCUAAAGGCUGGGAAGUCCGACAUGCACCCAAUGGGAGACCAUUCUUUAUAGACCACAAUACCAAAACGACAACAUGGGAAGAUCCAAGACUGAAAAUUGCUGCUCAUCCAAGGAGAAAGGCGUCCCUAGAUCCAGUAGACCUGGGUCCAUUACCACCAGGGUGGGAAGAGAGAACUCACACAGAUGGAAGAAUAUUCUUCAUAAAUCACAAUACAAAGAGAACACAAUGGGAGGAUCCUCGACUGCAGAAUGUGGCAAUAACUGGACCAGCUGUGCCUUACUCCAGGGACUAUAAGCGGAAGUACGAGUUCUUCAGAAAGAAAUUGAAGAAACAGAGUGAUAUUCCGAAUCGAUUUGAAAUGAAAAUUCAUCGCACAACAAUCCUCGAAGAUUCUUACAGAAGAAUUAUAGCUGUAAAGAGAGCAGAUUUCCUUAAAGCAAGACUUUGGAUUGAAUUUGAUGGUGAAAAAGGUUUAGACUAUGGAGGAGUGGCCAGGGAAUGGUUCUUCCUUCUCUCUAAAGAAAUGUUUAAUCCUUAUUAUGGAUUGUUUGAAUAUUCAGCUACAGAUAACUAUACUCUCCAGAUCAAUCCAAACUCUGGACUUUGCAAUGAAGAUCAUCUCUCUUAUUUCAAGUUUAUAGGUCGUGUAGCUGGAAUGGCUGUUUACCAUGGCAAACUUUUGGAUGCCUUUUUUAUUCGUCCUUUUUACAAGAUGAUGCUCCAGAAACCAAUAACGCUUCAUGAUAUGGAGUCUGUGGAUAGUGAAUAUUACAAUUCUCUGAGAUGGAUUCUUGAAAAUGAUCCAGCGGAACUGGACCUUAGAUUUAUCGUUGAUGAAGAACUUUUUGGUCAGACCCAUCAACAUGAACUGAAAAGUGGUGGAUCAGAAAUAGUCGUCACCAACAAGAACAAGAGAGACUACAUUCAUCUUGUAAUCCAGUGGAGAUUUGUGAGCAGAGUACAGAAACAAAUGGCAGCCUUUAAAGAGGGCUUUUUUGAACUAAUACCACAGGAUCUGAUUAAAAUAUUUGAUGAAAAUGAGCUAGAGUUAUUAAUGUGUGGACUCGGAGAUGUGGAUGUGGCUGAUUGGAAACUACAUACAAAAUACAAAAAUGGCUACAACAUAAACCAUCAAGUAAUACAGUGGUUCUGGAAGGCAGUCUUAAUGAUGGACUCUGAAAAGAGAAUAAGAUUGCUUCAGUUUGUUACUGGCACAUCACGUGUACCUAUGAAUGGGUUUGCUGAGCUGUAUGGUUCAAAUGGACCGCAGCUGUUUACAGUUGAACAGUGGGGUACCCCUGAAAAACUGCCAAGAGCUCAUACCUGCUUUAAUCGCUUGGAUUUGCCUCCAUAUGACUCAUUUGAAGAUUUAUGGGAUAAACUUCUUCUAGCGAUUGAAAAUACUCAGGGUUUUGAUGGGGUUGAUUAAGACACAGACAUAAAUUAUGUCAGUCCAGUGCUGCAUUUUCAUGUUAAGGGUUUACAAAAAUCUGAAUUUUCCAGGGACUACCAUUGUGUUUAUUUGCAUGGCUAUUGAAUCUUCACAGUAUCUCUUGUAAAAUAAGUAAGUAUUAAAAAUUCACUAACUUUUGAAAAUAUAUUUUGCCAUUUCCAUGGUCUGUGUACUUUGCUAGUAACUACAGUAUACACAUUGAAUGGGCCAGUGCCAAGUAAAUCAAAAACAUUUUUAAGCAGUUGCCUCUUCUACAGUAUUUGACAGACUGUCCUACAGUAAACUACUGAAGUAAAACUGUGAAGAAAUCUUUGCAGAGGGUAUAAAUUUGAAUUGCUGCUUUUAAGAGGAACAACUGAAAUUGUUAGAUGUUCUUUAAAAGAAAAACAGAAACAAAACCACCAAGUUUCAUGUAAUGCAAUAUCAUAAUGUGUGCUGCUUCAGGCUGUUUGCUACAGAUCUGCCCAAAGCACCUUAUAAUUCAGCAUAUUAGGUAAAAGAUUGGAAAGCAUUUGUUUGCAUUAUCAGCCAUCAGUUUGCAGAAAAUUGACUUGCUGACACACUUCAUUUUGUUAGAUUUCUGUUUCUAACUUGCUUUUGUUGAAAAAGUGUAACAAAACCAGGAUUUUAUAUAAAACGGACAAGCAGCAUAAUUCUGAAUUGUAAUGAGAAAUUAUAUCCAUUUUUGUCUGAAUUUGUAUACUGUCAGUUUAUUGAGUGUUCAUCACUGUUUUUGAUAAAUUUCUAGUUCAGCAAUGGAUAAUAUUUUCAAUUCAACCUUUUGCAACAAAUUAAUCUUGAAAUGAAAUUUGUAUGGAUAUCACUCAGUAUUAGUUCUUGGUAGUUAGAGGCCUUUAUUAUCCAUUCUUGCAGUAUUGCACUACAUAACAAUAAAGAACAUGUUUACAGGGUUUUCUGGGCCAAAUUCAGCACUCUGAUAUGUGCAAACUUCUCCGUGCCGCCUGGAGGUUAUGCACAUAUAACCAGGUGCCGAAUUUGGUUCUGUAAUAUGUUUACAGGUUAUGCUAGUUUCUAUAGCUGCAUUUUUAUAUUUUUUUUUCUCCACUGUUAGUCUAUAAACCAAAUUUGUUAAUACAGUAUAACCAAAGUCAUAACCAACAAUGUGCAAUUUAUUGUAGAUCAACUUGUCAUAUAAAUACUAGUUUGAUUUCUUUUGUAAAUGUGGAUAUCUUUUGUAUUAAUGUUAACACUUUUUUUGAGCAAGUGCUGGUUAAAAUGAUUAACAAAGUUGGUUCUAAAAGGAAAAAUUGGUUUUUAUACCAGGCUUGCUCUAAUUUUAACAUUUUAUUACCAAUAUGAUCUGAGGAAAUAACAGUACCUAGCUUUGGCCAGCAAAUUUCUGUUUAGUCACAGUCUUUAUAAAUAUGCAAGAAGGAAGUGUAGCACAUCUCUCUAUAAAGGUAUGUAAAUUAUGUAACAAAUUUAAUGGGUCUUAAGGGAUAUUUAAAAUCCCACUUUGUUUUAUUCUUUGACUAGGUCGUUGGGGCUGAGAAUAUUACAUGUAAAUAAAGGUAACUUAUACAAAUUUUGGAAAUCUAUAUGCAGUUUUGUAAAACAUGAAUGAUAUAUCAGUAAAUCUGUAUAGAUUUGAAUGUAGCAGGUUUUGUUGCAUACUUUAAAGUAUAAAAUAAGGAUCCUGAGAGCAGUAAAUAAAAGUUUAUUCUAAUAA